AUGGGCUCGCCGCGCCGGGCCCUCGGCCAGUCCUACGCGGGCAACGGGCUGCUGUUGCCGCACCGCUCGAGCAGCGUGGAGAGCGCCGAGGAAGCCGAGAAUGAGGCCUGGGCCUCGCGGCCCGACCGCCGCAGCUACCUGCUCAGCAUCCGCCCCGAGAACAGCUUAUCAAGCAGCAGAUUCUCUCUCUCCAGUUUAGGAAGGAGCACCUUCUGCGCAAUCAUUUCUCAGCUGACAGAAGAAACCCAGCCACUAUUUGAAACCACUAUCAAAUCCCGUUCUGUGUCCGAGGACUCUGAUGCUAAAUUCACGUGCAUAGUGACAGGAUACCCACAGCCAGAAGUGACCUGGUAUAAGGAUGAUGAAGAGAUGGAUCGCUACUGUGGUUUACCCAAGUAUGAGAUUUUCCGUCAUGGAAAUCGCCACACGCUGCAGUUGUAUAAGUGCAGAGAGGAAGACGCAGGCAUUUACCAGGCCUCAGCUAGAAAUCACAAAGGCAUCGUGUCGUGCUCUGGGGUGCUGGAAGUGGGAACCAUGACAGAGUUCAAAAUCCAUCAGAAAUGGUUUGCCAAAAUUAAGAGAAAAGCCGAGGAGAAACUGCGAGAGAUAGAACAGGGCAAGAAACGUGGGAAAGAAAAUGUGGAAGUGGAGAGGUUGCAGAGGAUGAGCCCCGACCGGCUCCAGAGAAAGCGAAGGCUCACUAGGGAUCUGAGUUUCCGGUCAGGAACCUCCUCAUGGGUGAAAGAGGACGUGGCCAAAGUGCACGUUGCUGAUUCUCAGUCCAGAUUACGUGAGGAUCCUGCUGAGCCAAAGGAACCAGCAGUGAAUGCAAUGAGUGGCUUUUCAAACAAACUGAUAACGCCUUUGAAAGCAGAAGUGACCGCCAAUGGAGAUGUCUCUUUGGAAAGUGGGGAGGAGAACAGGAACAGCUUUCUUGCAUACAUCUAUGAGACAGUGGAGGACCUAAAAGCCAAACCCCUGGCCAAAGACUCUGCUGCUAAAAAGAAAAAAAAGGUGGCAGAACCUCCAGCAGCAAAACAGGAAGCCUCAAAGAAGGAAGAAAGUGGAAGAGAGAAAGUGAACCCCUCAGCAAAUCCAAGGUUUGCCCCUCCUGUCCCCUUGCGUAGGAGCGCACGUUUCAGGGUAGCAAAUGAUCAAGAGGUGGAAAAAAUUCCAAAAAUCAAAGAAGCUGGAAAACCUAUGAAUGUGGACACUAAAACUGAAGUGAAUCAACAGGAUUUGCCACCUCCCAAGGGUGAAAUGCACUUCUCUUUGAAAGAGAUGUAUUUCAAUAAUCAAAUGGAACCCCCAGUGGGGAUGGAGGAAAGCGGAGCUACGGAAGAAGCUGUGAAGGAGGCUGUGCUGCAGCCCGGGGGCACCAGCAGACAGGCACAGGGUAUUUCGCCUGCUUCACAAGUGCCAAAGGCAGCACCUGCCUCAUCCGAGGAACAGAAAGGCCGGCAGGAAGGACUGAAGUCAGAGGGAAACAAAGUUGCAGUAACGGUGGAAGCACAGUCUGCUGGUGGCUUAAAACAUCCAGUGUUCAGUCCAGCGGCGGACACUGGUGAGCAAGUCAGCGCGUGUGAGGAGUCCGGGAAAGAGAGGCCCAUCAGCCAGGAGACCAGAGAGUCUGGGAAAAGGACAAGCCCCAGGCUGAGGCCUCAAGAACCACCGAGGCCACUGGCACCUAGUCCUGACCACACACAGCCUGGCGAAGAGCUCCCUGCCUCUUGGCAACAAGCAGAAGGCCAUUCCCAGAUUCUCAAGAGUAGAGAGACCCAACAAGGACUGUCAAAUGAAGAGUACAAGAGCCAAGUGGAAAGAGAGCCAUUACUAAGUCAAUCGAGUGCUCCAGCGCCUGGAGAUGAUAUUCCUCUCGAGCAAAGUAUCCGUCUGGUGGCAAUAAAGGAUGGGGAGAGCAAAGAGGCAGCAGCACCACUGCCUGGGACAGAGCCACCUCCUGAGGAUGAGAGCUGUGCAGCCCCAGAGCUACCUCCCGAGGCUGCCGUUGGGGAGGUGAGAGGGAUGCCUUUGGUGCUUCAGGAGACUGAAAUGCCAGCUCCCAUUUCAAUCCUCGCUUCCAAGGCAGAGCCGCUUCCUGCUCCUGCAGCAGGGAUGUUGGUGCUUGAGGAAGCACCGACUGCCCCUCCCAGCAGCCCCGGGGAAGAGGCUGCAGCAGGAGGAAUCCUGACUGGAUCCCCGCUGCUGCCGCUUGUGAGCCAAGAAAUGGAAAUCAAAAAGGCAGAUGAAUCUGCUUUGCAGGAGAAGUUUCCCGUGAGGUCUUCAGAGGAGGAGAGCAUUGAACCAAUGCCUGUGGAGCCUCAGAGAAAGGAAGGAAGAGAGCAAGGAACUGCAGCUUCAAGCCAGGAGCUGGCAGCACCAUCAGGCACUUCUGAAGGAGUCACUGAGGUCCAGCCACAAGUACCGCUGGUUUUGCCAAGCCCUGAGAAACCUCAGGAGAUAUCUUUGGAGGAGAAGAUACAACACAAAAACCUUGUGACUUCCUUAAAGAACUAUCUACUGCUGCUUUUGAAAAUGUCAGAUAGCAGUAAGGAGGUCACAAAGGAGCACGCUGACCCCCACGAAGAGGAGCAGCCUACUGUGGAGGAAGCAGCACUUCCAGAAAUUGGCAUUGCAGGCCUGAGUCCCCGAACUUCAAGGAGAGUUUUGGAGAAGGUACAAAACAAUCAGCUCUUCCAGACAGCAGAAAACUUACUUCUGACUCCCAGGACAUCCAGGCGAAUCACAGGUAUGAUCAAUGAGGAAUUCAUUACCAGCAAGGAGAUGCUGGCUAGCAGGCCUGUGCCACCAAAGAGACGCACGAGGGUAGCUCAUGAGGCAGAGGGGCCACUCCAACUCUCUGUGCCCUCCAUCGUGGUGGGUGGAAUACCAACAGCAGGAGCAGGGCAGUCUCCUAAUACUACUUCUGAUGUGCGUCCAGCAAGCCAUGAGAAAGAGAGUCAUGGUGACCCUCUUGCCAUGCUACCUUGUGCCACCCCAGAGGAACUUGCUUCUGGGGCGCGACGCAAAAUAUACCUGCCAAAAACCAAGCAGGUUGGGGAUGAAGAGGACGCAAGCCCAGAGAGCCAAGGGCAUAUGAGAAGCCCUACUGUUUCUCCACGGCAGUCCAGGAAGAAUGCAGCCCUGUUGCAAACCCCUGUCCUGGCUCCGGCUCCUCCUGCAGAGCAGCGCUCACCAACCCUCAUGAGAAAGAUGGCCACGCUGGAGGUCCCUAAGCUGUAUGAAGAGCCCACAGGUGACAGCAGUAGUGACCGUGAAGUCCCUGAAGAUGCUAAGCAGGAAGUACAACCGGCAGAGUCUAAGAAAGAAAGUAACCCGUUUAAAGCUCCACAGGUGAUUCGUAAGAUCAGGGCAGAACAAUUUUCCGAUGCAACAGGAAAUCUGAAACUUUGGUGCCAGUUCUUCAAUAUUUUGAGUGAUUCCAAGCUGGUGUGGUACAAGGAUGAGAUCCCCGUAGCAGAAACUCGAAGGAGUGCUGGUGAUGAGGGCCAGGCAGCCCUGGCCAUCGUGCAGGCAUCCCAGAAGGACUGCGGGGUCUACCAGUGUGUGAUAAGCAACGAGUACGGCACUGACUCCACGGAUUUUCUGCUCAGCCCAGAAGUGCUGUCAGGAUUUAUCUUGCGGGAAGAGAUUGAAGUUGGUGAGGAGAUCGAGAUGACGCCGAUGGUGUUUGCAAAAGGCUUGGCUGACUCGGGCUACUGGGGGGACAAGUUCUUUGGGCGUGUUGUGAGCGAGGACAUGGAAGUGGGUGCUGGCUUCCUGCGCAAAGCCUGCCGCGCCAGGGCCAUCUACGGCCUGGAGCCUGUCUUUGAGUCUGGACGGACCUGCGUCAUCAAAGUGCACAAUUUCAUUGUCUUUGGGACCAAGAAUGAGAACAGCCUCAUUGAGAAGAACUACGAUAUCACCAUUCAGGAAUGUAAAAUCCAGAACUCCAGCCGAGAGUACUGCAAGAUCUUUGCUGCAGAGACACGAGCUGUUCCUGAUUUUGGAGCAGUGCCUGAGAUAAUUCCCCUGUACCUGAUUUAUCGACCGGCUAACAACAUCCCCUAUGCCACGGUGGAGGAGGACCUGGGGGGCCCCUGCGAGCAGUACUGUGUCACCGAGAGAGAUGGCAGCCUGGUGGCAAGAGGCACCUCAGAGGUUGUGCUCAAGUGCUGCACCUUCCAGCACUGGGUCUACCAGUGGACAAAUGGCAACAUCCUCGUGACUGACAUGGAAGGGGUGGGAUGGAAGGUGACCAACGUGAGGAUAGCUACCAAUCUGAAAGGGUACCAGGGCCUGAAGGAAAGCUGCUUCCCAUCCCUGUUGGAGCAAUUUGCAGCAACUCACCAGUGUAACCACUACUGUGCCAUCCUGGGCCUGAAGACUCUGGAGCCAGCCAAGCCCAAGGGCUCCAAGAGCCCCUCCACAGGCAGGAAGUCUACCCAGUCCAGCCCCCAGCUGCCAAAGAAGGGCCUGUCGAGUCCCCAGGGCACCCGCAAGGCUUCCGUGAGCCCCAAGAGCUCCCGGAAAGCUGGAGAAACAGUGGAGGCCCAGGCAGCCUCCAAACACCGGGCUGGAGAGAAUGGCAAGUGCGGCCACCCUCAGUAGCCAGAGCCGCCUCCGCUGGGACUCU